UCUUUCUCCGCGAGCCUUCUCUGAUGACACAAACAUAAAUACAGAAUAACCUAUGGCUGCUACACUGGAUCACUGGACACAGGACGAUGAGGAAUGAACCUUCAGGAUGGGAAUAUUGUUCCUUCAUCCAACGUGGGAAGGCGUUAAGUGGAAGAAAAGGAUAUGCCACAUGAGAGAGUCAGUGCUAUCAACAAACUUUGCUCAAGAGCCCAGUAGAAUGAGGUGAAGGUAAGUUAAUGUGGUGUGAAUGGGACAGCUCAGGGAUGAACAGCACCCCGGCGAUGGCACCGCUAUCUCUAGGGCUGAGUGGAAUCCCACCACGCUCCUCUCUGUCACCCAAGACCUUUCAGUCUUUAGGAUCCCUGUCAUCAGGAAUGUUCUCCCCCUCGCUUGCUAAGGGUUCCACUCAUCAGGCAAAACAGGCCUCCAGUCCCUUGAAUUCACCAACCCCGUCCAUCAUGAGCUCUCCAAAACUCUGGCAGAAAGCAUCCAUCUCCAGACUUGCUGAGGAGUUUUUCUGGAUUGGUGGUAGUGUGGUCGCACAGCCAAAUUGGAGACUUGGUCAGAUAGUGGAGAGGUGUAUGUGCACCAUGCAAACCGGCACUCAGAUGACCAAAAUGAAGGGGAAGAAGAAAGGACUGGUCCGCUUCUUUUACCUGGACGAGCACAAGUCCUGCAUCCGGUGGCGGCCCUCCAGGAAACAUGACAAGGCCAAAACUAAAGUGUUACAACCAGAGUGCUGCAAGAAUGAGGACUUAAACCCGUACAAGAUAACUAUUGAUUCUAUCCAUGAAGUCUGCGAGGGGAAGAAGUCUGAGAUCUUCAGGCGCUAUGCAGACAACCGCUUCGACCCAAACUACUGCUUUAGUAUUUAUUAUGGGGAGCGAGUGAAGUCCCUGGACUUGGUCUCCACCAACGCAGAGGAGGCACGCACCUGGAUCACUGGGUUGAAAUACCUCAUGGCUGGCAUCAGUGAUGAGGACAGCUUGGCCCGGAGGCAGCGCACCAGUGAUCAGUGGCUACAGCAGACUUUCUCCGAAGCCGACAAGAAUGGAGAUGGCACCUUGAGCAUUGGAGAGGUUCACCAGCUGCUCCACAAACUCAAUGUGAAUUUACCCAAGCAGAAAGUCAGGCAGAUGUUUCAUGAAGCGGACACAGACGAGAACCAGGGCUCUCUGGCCUUUGAAGAAUUCUGUUUGUUCUAUAAGAUGAUUUCCACACGCAGAGACCUCUACCUGAUAUUGAUCUCCUACAGCAAUCAGAAAGAAGUCAUGGAUCUUCACGACCUCGCACGCUUUUUGGAAAAUGAACAAAAGAUGCGAGGAUUGGCCAAAGAGCAUUUAGUCGAUAUAGUGGCCAAGUUUGAACCAUGUCCUGAGAACCUGCAGCAUACGGUACUCAGUAUUGAUGGAUUGACCAACUACAUGAGGAGCCCUGCAGGUGAUAUCGUCAACCCCGAGCACAGUCAGGUGAACGAGGACAUGACGCAGCCUCUAAGUAACUACUUCAUUGCCACCUCCCACAACACCUACCUGACAGGAGACCAGCUGCUCUCUCAGUCUCGAGUGGAAAUGUACGCCUAUGUGCUCCAGGCAGGGUGUCGCUGUGUGGAGGUGGACUGCUGGGAUGGACCUGACGGGGAGCCUAUCAUUCAUCACGGCUACACCUUGACAUCCAAGAUUCUCUUCAAAGAUGUCAUUGAAACAAUUAACAAAUAUGCCUUCACAAAGUCACCGUACCCCGUGAUCUUGUCCAUAGAGAACCACUGCACUGUGCCUCAGCAAAAGAAGAUGGCUGAGUAUCUGAGAGAGGUGCUGCAGGACAAACUGGUUCUUUCCACUGUCAAUGUGCAUGAAUGCAAGAAGCUGCCUUCACCUGAAAUCCUGAAAGGGAAAGUCUUAAUCAAGGGGAAAAAGCUGCCAGCAAACCUUGAUCCUGAUGCAGAGGAGGGUGAUGUGUCUGAUGAAGACACUGGUGAUGAAGAAGAGGAGGAAGGCGAAAAUGAUAAUGAUAGCUCACAGGGGGGGGGUAUCAUUACUUCUGCCAAUCAAAACAAAAAGAAGAGGCGAUUCGGCAGUUACAUCAUGAGGAGCUUCAAAUGCAAGAGAAAAAAGAGGAUCCGAGUGAGAAGUAAGACGAUGUCUGAUAGCGAGUCAGACCACAGCAGCAGGGAGAGGACACAAAUUGUCAAGAAGAGGAAAACAAUGAGGUUGUCCCGAGCUCUGUCUGACCUGGUCAAGUACACAAAAUCUGUCCGUGUACAUGACAUAGAAACACAAGCAUUCACGAACAGUUGGCAGGUAUCAUCCCUCAACGAGACUGUUAUGAACCAGAUCUUACAGCUGAAGCCAGGGGAAUUGGUCCGAUUCAACCAACGGCAGCUUAUAAGAGUCUACCCGUCCAACUACAGAGUCGACUCGAGCAACUUCAACCCGCAACCAUACUGGAACACAGGAUGCCAUAUGGUUGCAAUGAAUUAUCAAACAGAGGGCCGCAUGCUUGAACUGAACCAAGCCAAGUUUGCAAGCAAUGGAAACUGCGGAUAUAUUCUGAGACCUAAGUGCAUGUGUAAAGCCGCCUUUAACCCCAUGUUGGAGGAUCCUCUUCCAGGACACAGAAAGACUCAGCUAGUGCUGAAGAUCAUCAGCGGACAGCAGCUUCCCAAACCCAAAGACUCUAUGUUUGGGGACAGAGGAGAGAUUAUCGAUCCUUUUGUUGAAGUUGAGAUAAUUGGCCUAAAUUUAGAUUGUUCCAAGCAGCAGACCAGGGUGGUGGAUGAUAAUGGUUUCAACCCAAUGUGGGAGGAGACCCUCGUCUUCAACAUUCAAAUGCCACAGGUCGCUCUGGUGCGUUUCCAAGUGUGGGAUCAAAACCCUCUUGGACAAGAUUUCAUUGGACAGAGGACUGUUGCUUUCAGAAGUUUAAUGCCAGGUUAUCGGCACGUGUACCUGGAAGGGAUGGCGGAGUCAUCCAUCUUUGUUCAUGUCGCUAUCGAUGAUAUAGCUGGAAAGAUCAAACCCAAAAAUGCAGUGCAAGCAGCCAGAAAACACAUUCAAAAAGCAGCUCAGAAGCACAUGAAGGGUCCUCAGAGGCAGCCUUCUCUGGAAUUUUCAGUCCAGUCCUCAGAAGACGGACGUGCUAUGUUCUUCCGCAGGGAUCUGGAUACCAUUUCUCAGGACAGCAGGAAUGGAGAAAUAUUUCCGCUGUCACAAGGGCCAGCAGCCAAGGCUGCCAUCCACAAAGAGGCCAUGAGUGAGCCAGUAAGGCGAGCUCACAGAGUUAGAAUUCAUGAACCACCAGAGACAAGGAGAGGGUUCUCUAGCCAGAUGUCCUCCACUGACUCCCACCACAUUGGGGCUGCUCCCUGUGCGAAGGCGGACAGCUUUGACCUUGAGACCUCACCCCAGCUUUCUUGUGCUGAUGGUCUUGAAAGCCAUAAUCUAAUUCAAGAAGAAUUGGAGAAUGAACCUGAUGAAUCAAACUGUGCUGAUCAGGAGACAAUUCAGAUGUUUGAACCAGGGCAGCCUGAACAAUCUGAGGAAUUUCCAGUGCAAGACAAGGUAACUUCCAUGAAACCUAAACAACCAACAGAAACUCAAAGUCAGGCAGAUUCACUCCCUUGGCCUUGGACCGUACCACUGCAUAUGCUCCGGCCCGAAGCCAAAUUCUCUCCAAUUAUCCCUCCACCGUCACCUGCCAGGGUGAGGCGGACUCUAGAGGCUUCGGCCAGAUCCCGAUCAUCCACCCAAAUACGAACAAAGGCGCGCUCGCGCAGUUGCCCUCGGAAAUCAACUACUUCUCCUCAGACACCAAUGAUGAACCGCCAGCCUGCUAUCCACUGGCAGACGCAACAAGCACAAAAGAGGCCCAUCCCCAACGGCCUCUGCUUGUCUGACUGCACAUCCAGCAGCAGUGACGGCAGCACCGACAGCCUGGAGUUUGUGCCCUCCUGUGUUCCAGCCGGGGCAGGGCAGCGUGAGGGGACCCUGCAGAGGGAGAUGAAGGCCCUUUUUGACCAGAGGAUGAGAGAGAUCCACUGUAAAUCACCGCUUUUUCAAAAUGAUUAAGAUUUUACUGAUAUCUCCAAAGACAUCAAGGCCCUUCCGAAGACAAAAAAAGAGACAACAUAACCACAAAAAGGAGGUUUCGGAGGAAGAAGUUCA